AUGGAGGGCCUGCUGGGCGAGGGCGGCGCGCGCGUGGAGGCGCCCAGCCUGGUCACCAGCUCGCCUGUGCUGGGCGACGCGCCCGGCUUCGGGCCCCUGGACGCCGGGCCGGGGCCCACCAUCACCGAGGUGGGGCCGGAGCCGCUGGGCGAGCUGCCGGGCCUGGACGGCUUCUCCCUGGACGACUUGGAGUUUGACCACCUCGCCGACGUCGACAGGUCGCUCUUGAAUGGUGGACCCGGGGCAACCCAGUUCGGAGACCCCUACUGGAAUCUGCCGAGUGCUGCAGAGGUCUCCUCCCCUUCCUUCAACAUGCCCGACUUUGGCGACCUAGGACCCAUCAUCAGCGAACCGGCCGACAACUCCUGA